CGUUUCCAGAGAGGUAAUUUAUUUUAGUGGUUCAAAGGCAAAAUGGAUCCUGAGGCUGAGGACUUUGAAUACCAGCUGAAGUUAGAGCAGGAAGAGCAAUGGAAACGAGACAAUGGAUACAUUUACACCGAUCCUAAUGACGGCACAAUGUAUGAAUGGGACCCUGAAAAGAAGGCAUGGUUUCCAAAGGUGGAUGAGAACUUCAUUGCAUCUUAUCAAGCCAGCUAUGGUGUCACAACCGAUGAGAACACUGCAGACAGUCAGCCCGAUCCACAGCCUUCAGCAGCAGCAGCUACAUCAGCAUCAGCAUCAGCUUCCUCAGCAACUCCAGGAACAUCUACAGGAGUGGACAAAGACACCACACCAGGAGGUCAGGAUGAAGCCAAGAAAGGAGGGGAGGUGAAGAUAGAUGAACAACCCCAGAUGCUCUACAGGUACCAGAAGAUGCAGAUGAAGAGGAAAGCAGAGCAGAAAAGCUGGUUCGAGGUCGAUCCCACCAAGAACACCAAUGUCUACGUGAGUGGCCUUCCAACCGACAUCACCCUGGAGGAAUUCCAGGAAGUAAUGGCCAAGUGGGGUAUCAUCAUGCUGGAAGAGGAGACGGAGAAACCCAAGAUCAAGCUCUACAUGGACGAGGAGGGCAGACCUAAAGGAGAUGGCAGAUGCUGCUAUCUGAAGAGAGAGUCAGUUGACCUUGCCUUACAGCUGCUGGAUGAGUCUGAGAUCAGAGGUCAUAAGAUUCAUGUAGAGGUCGCGACCUUUACCCUCAAGGGAGAUUAUAAACCCGAUAUGAGGAAGAAAAAGAAACCAAACAAGAAAAAGAAAGGAAAUGUUCAAGACAAACUUCUCGACUGGAGGCCUGAGAAGAAGUUUCAACAGAGGAAAAGAAACGAGCAAGUUAUCAUCUUGAAACAUGUCUUCCAUCCAAGUGAAUUUGAGGAAGAUGCCAUGCUGAUCAAUGACAUCAAGGACGAUGUCAAGGACGAGUGUUCAACGUACGGUGAGGUCAAGAAGGUCCUUAUAUUUGAUAGACAUCCAGAUGGCGUUGUGUCAGUCAAGUUUAAAGAUGUUGAGAAUGCCGACAAAUGUAUCCAAUCUCUUAACGGAAGGUGGUUGCCAAACGUAAGCUGGAGGUCACUCAUUGGGAUGGAAAGACAGACUACAAGAUAGAAGAGACGGACAAGGAGAGGGAGGAGAGACUGAAGAAGUGGGAGGAUUUCCUCCAGGAUGACGAGGAGGAGGAGGAUGAGAAGAAGAAGGAUGGAAUGAAGAAGGAAGAUGACAGGAUGGAGACGAGUGAAGAGACAAAGAACGUUGGAGCUGAUGAAGGAAGGGCGAAGGAAGGAGUGGAUACUGAGAAGAAAGGAAGCGAUAAUGGAGUGAUGAUGGAGGGAAAUGAAAAAGAGGAAAAG